AAAAAAAAAAAAAAAAAAAAGCCUGAAACGGUAAACCUCUCUAAAUUCCCCAUUUUGUAUCCGUCUUCUCCAAGGCAACACUUCCCCCAAACUCAGCCACUAUCCCUACCUCCGCCGCCGCACUUUCUCUUUCCUCCUCCUCUUCACACCCUUCAACAAUGGAGGACGUUUGCGAGGGAAAAGACUUCUCCUUCCCUAAAGAAGAAGAAAAAAUCCUCAAGUUCUGGGAUGAAAUCAAAGCAUUCGAAACCCAAUUACAAAAAACAUCAAAUUGCCCAGAAUUCACCUUCUACGAUGGACCCCCUUUCGCUACUGGUCUCCCACAUUACGGCCAUCUUCUUGCUGGUACCAUUAAAGACAUCAUAACCCGGUACAAAUCUAUGACGGGUCAUCAUGUGACCCGCCGAUUUGGGUGGGAUUGUCAUGGUGUACCUGUUGAACAUGAGAUUGAUUCAAUGUUGGGUAUUACGAGUCGGUCCGAUGUGAUUGAUAUGGGAAUUGAUAAGUAUAAUGAAGAAUGUAGAGGAAUUGUUUCUAGGUAUGUUAAAGAAUGGGAGGAGGUUGUGAGGAGAGCUGGGAGAUGGAUUGAUUUUCAGAAUGGGUAUAAGACUAUGGAUUUGGAUUUUAUGGAGUCUAUUUGGUGGGUCUUCUCUCAGUUGCAUCAGAAGGGGCUUGUUUAUCGAGGGUUUAAGGUUAUGCCGUAUAGUACCGGUCUGAAGACACCUCUAUCGAAUUUUGAGGCCAAUUCUAACUAUAAGGAAGUACCUGAUCCUGAAAUCCUGGUGACUUUUCCCAUUGUGGAUGAUCCUCAUAAUGCGUCGCUUGUGGCAUGGACUACAACUCCAUGGACUCUUCCUAGUAAUCUAGCAUUGUGUGUCAAUGCCAAUUUUGUCUAUGUUAAGGUCAGGAGCAAAGCUACCGGUGCUACGUAUGUGGUUGCAGAGUCUCGUAUGUCACAGCUUCCUAGAGAUAAAGUAAAAACUGAGAAAUUACCGAAUGGAUCAGGUGGUGAGGCCAAGAAUACUAAGUCUAAAACUAAGGGUUCCACUUCUGAGAAAACUGCUUUGGAUGAUAGUUCGUACGAACUGUUAGAGAAAGUUCCAGGUGCAUCCUUGGUGGGUCUGAAGUACGUUCCUUUGUUCGACUAUUUCAAUGAGUUUUCUGAGGUGGCUUUCAAGGUUGUGGCAGACAACUAUGUGACUGAUGAUAGUGGAACUGGAAUUGUACAUUGUGCUCCAGCAUUUGGAGAAGAUGAUUAUCGUGUUUGCCUUGAAAACAAAAUAAUUGAACUGGGGCCAGACUUGAUUGUAGCUGUUGAUGAAGAUGGGCGCUUCAUCGAAAAGGUUUCUGAAUUUAAAGGACUCUAUGUCAAGGAUGCUGAUAAGGAAAUUAUUAAUGCAGUAAAGCAACGAGGCAGGCUUCUCAAACAAGGAAGUUUUACUCACUCGUAUCCCUUCUGUUGGAGAUCUGAAACUCCUCUUAUUUAUAGAGCUGUUCCCAGCUGGUUUAUUAGAGUGGAAAGUAUCAAAGACCAAUUGCUUGAGAACAAUAAAAAGACUUAUUGGGUUCCUGAUUUUGUCAAGGAGAAACGUUUCCACAAUUGGCUUGAAAAUGCUAGAGAUUGGGCCGUGAGUAGAAGCAGAUUUUGGGGGACACCGCUUCCUAUCUGGAUGAGUGAGGAUGGAAAAGAAAUGAGAGUCAUUUCUUCUGUUGAAGAACUUGAAAGAGAAUCAGGGGAAAAGGUUACUGAUUUGCAUCGGCACUUCAUUGAUCACAUUACUAUUCCAUCCCAGGAUGGAAAAGGCGUCCUCCAGCGUGUGGAUGAUGUUUUUGAUUGCUGGUUUGAGAGUGGUGCUAUGCCUUAUGCAUACAUUCACUAUCCAUUUGAAAACCGUGAGCUAUUUGAAAAAAAUUUCCCUGGACAUUUUGUGGCUGAAGGUCUGGAUCAAACUCGUGGAUGGUUUUACACAUUGAUGGUUCUCUCCACUGCAUUAUUUGGUAAGCCCGCUUUCCAAAAUCUUAUCUGCAAUGGGCUUGUCCUUGCCGAAGACGGGAAGAAGAUGAGUAAGAGACUCAAGAACUACCCUGCACCAUCAGAAAUUCUUAAUGAGUAUGGAGCUGAUGCGUUGCGGUUGUAUAUUGUAAAUUCGCCAGUUGUACGUGCAGAACCUUUACGGUUUAAAAAAGAUGGUGUGUUUGGUAUGAUCAGAGAUGUCUUCCUCCCAUGGUACAAUGCAUACAGAUUUCUUGUUCAGAAUGCAAAGAGACUUGAAAUUGAAGGUUUUGGAACUUUUAUUCCAACUGAUCGAAGUGUGCUAAAGAAUUCCUCCAAUGUCCUUGACCAGUGGAUCAAUUCGGCGACCCAACACCUGGUUCAUUUUGUCCGACAAGAAAUGGAGGCUUAUCGAUUGUAUACGGUGGUUCCUCAACUACUAAAAUUUCUUGAUGAUCUGACAAAUAUUUAUGUAAGGUUUAACCGUAAGCGGCUAAAAGGUCGCACAGGAGAGGAAGAUUGCAAAAUUGCACUGUCCACUCUUUACCAUGUACUGCUAACUUCAUGUAUAGCUAUGGCUCCACUGACACCAUUCUUUACCGAAGUUCUUUACCAAAAUUUGAGAAAGGUUCGUGAUGGGGCUGAAGAGAGCAUUCAUUAUUGCAGUAUCCCUGAAGACGAAGGAAAGGGAGAAGAGCGCAUUGUACAAAGUGUUUCAAGGAUGACGAAAAUCAUUGAUCUUGCACGUAAUAUCCGUGAGCGCCACAACAAGCCCUUAAAGACACCCCUCAGGGAGAUGGUGGUGGUGCAUCCUGACAAAGAUUUUCUUGAUGAUAUUGCCGGGAAACUAAAAGAGUAUGUUCUGGAAGAGCUUAACAUAAGAUCUCUGGUUCCCUGUGAUGAUCCGUUGAGAUAUGCUUCUCUUCGUGCUGAGCCUGAUUUUAGUGUGCUUGGGAAGAGGCUUGGCAAAUCAAUGGGAGUGGUUGCAAAGGAAGUCAAGGCAAUGUCCCAGAAAGAUAUAUUAGCAUUUGAGGAAGCUGGAGAAGUAACCAUUGCAGGCCACUGUUUGAAGCUGGGUGACAUUAAGGUAUUGAGGGAUUUCAAACGUCCUGAUAAUACAACAGAAAAGGAAGUUGAUGCUGCUGGAGAUGGUGAUGUCUUGGUCAUUCUUGACUUACAUCCUGACGAAUCAUUGUUUGAGGCUGGAGUAGCUCGUGAGGUUGUAAAUCGCAUCCAAAAGUUGCGGAAAAAGGCAAGUCUUGAACCUACCGAUGUUGUGGAAGUGUACUUAAGUCCAUCAGACAAGGAUGCACCAACCUUGAAGCAGUUUCUGGCUUCACAGGAACAAUACAUAAGGGAGGCUAUUGGCUCCCCGUUACUGCUUGCAGAAUUCAUGCCAUCUUAUACAGUUAUUCUCACUGAAGAAACUUUUCACGGUGUAUACGACAUGUCGUUCACUAUUAGAUUGUCAAGGCCAACAUUAGUGUUCAAUGAUGAAGCUCUACUCAGCUUAUAUGAAGGAAACACAACCUUCGCACAUGGUUUACAGGUUUACCUUAGAUCAAGAGAUUCUAACAAGCUGAAGUCUGAAUUUAAUGCCGGAAAUGGCAAGAUUAGGGUCGAUUGCAUCAAAGAUCAACCACCAGUGGACGUAUUGCUGGGUCAGCAUGUAUUCUUGAGUGUUGGAGAUCAUUAUUUGAGCAGAAAGUCCGGGUGAAAAGCAAAUUUAAGCCAUUAAUUACUCUUUUUUUCACCUUUUAUAAUUUUCAUUUGCGCACAUUAUAAUUAUUAACAUAAUGAUUGAGUGGUUACCAAAUUAUUGUCAAUUUUGUAAGAUUUCUCAAUUAAAUGAAAGAAAACAAUAUUUACCCACAGAAA